GCUAAACUAAGACUAAAGCGUCGUCGUUACAGACGGCCGGGUCACCGUGUUCUAUUUCUCUCACCGUCUCCAAGCCGCCGGGGGAUUUCCCGGCCAAUCUUUCCCCCCCUUCUCUUAAAUCAAGCACUAGUUCGGAUCUCUGGCCUCUGGGCAUCACUUCAUUCAAAAAACCCCUGAUGGGUAGAGAAGAUUUAUCGACUAAGAAGCGCGUCUGAAGCUGAAAAGCUCAAGGUUUGGACCAGAAAGGAAGCAGCUUUCAUUCAUAAAUAUGAAUUAGGAGCUGAAAAGGGAACAGGAGAAGGUUUACGGUGAAGAAGAAGGAUGGCGUUCGCGUUUGGGAAGGAUGCGGGUCCCCAAAGCCAAGGUACCAAACUGUUACCGUUCGGUGCUCCCGCAUCAUCUCAGGCACCGGCAAUACCUCAACCUGGUCGUCCUCGAUCUCCAUGGGGUCCUCCACCAAUGGACAGCGUGCAGUUCCCGUUGUUGGGUUAUGGAACUCCUGGUUUCGUGAGCAGUCAUCAUCCAUCAGUUAGAAUGCCAAAGUACAAACACAUAUCUGGGCAUGAUUGAUUGUGAUUCGAAACCAGGAUGGUCUAUCGAAGUCCCAACUUAUGUUUUGAUUUUGUUUCAAUGAUAGUAUGUCUGAAGUGCAAAGGCCACAGUCUUCCUCAUCGGGAUUUGACAUCUCUCAGUCUCAUGCAAGUUAUCUUUCCAUAACAACGAGGCCUCGAAUGUGAGUGAUGUACUCUCUUGUAUGCUCGACCGUUCCUUUUAUCUAGAAAAGAUGGCUCCCGCUUGUUUUCAUUUAGGUUAACUGUAAGUACACAUGUAUGUACGCCGCCCAUGAGAUUUAGAAUUCGUGAUGGGGGGAAGCUUAGCUCAAGUAAUGGUUCUGUAAUUCUAGCUCUGAUGAGCGUCUUACUAGUUACCCCGUUGGUGUGUUACAUUUUCCCCUAGCACUGUUCAAACUCCUCCUGGACAGGGUAACGGAAACCGAUAUUUCUUGAAUGGUGAUGGUCAGAAAGGUCAUGCGCCUUAUGCUGUCAAAUCUCUUGUUGCUACCCGUAAUCCUGGAACUGCUGUGUCAGCAAAGGUCACUGGAAUGCAAGACCAGAAAAGGAGUAGAUCACCUUCUUAUUUUACUGCUGAAGUUGGUUUACAAAAUUCGCGUUUAGGUUUCCCACAAAGGCAUGUCCAAUCUCCUCCUACAUUGGGUAACGGGAACAGAUCUAUCUUGAAUGGUGAUGGUCCGAAAGAUCCUGCACCUUAUGCUGUCAAAUCUCUUGUUGCUACCCGUAAUUCUGGAGGCAUGGUGGCAGCCAAGGUUACUGGAUUACAAGACCAGAAAAGGACUAGGUAAUCUCCUGAUUCUACUGAUGAAGUCAGUUCACAGAAUGUGAGAUUAGGUUUCUCGCAAAGGGCCAUGGUGCCAGGAUUGUUUCCGAACUUAUCAAAUCAUCAAAAAGUGUCCCCAGGUCAAGUCAAUAAACUUGCAAAUGGCCAUCUCCAGAAGCAAAGUAGAUCAUCUCCUGCCAGCGGAAGUUUGCAAGGAAAUGCACCUUUUGUCAGAAAUGAAGCUAAAAGACCUUUCUCUCCAAUAGGAUUGAAUACUCUAUCAGAUCCUAUUUACAGUACCCUAGACUCUCAAAUUCCACAAAGAGUGUUGCCAUCUUUGAAGAACACAACUGUGGAAUCUAAUCCCACCAGAAACACCAGUGCCUUGGUUUCAAAGAGAACAAGGUCACCAGAGAUUUCUGGCAAGGUUCUCCCAGGAAGCUCCUCUUCGACCAUUGAUGAUACUGAACGAGAGAUGCAAGCUAAGGUGAAGCGUUUAGCCCGCUUCAAGGAAGAAUUAAGUGAAGAUAUUGAAAAAGGCACAGAUGUGGGGAACCAAAAUGUUCCUGUUGGUGGAUAUGAGCAAUCCAAACAAAGACAAACUGUACCCACGAAUCAUUUGGCUGAGGACCGCACCAAUGACAAUAAUGUCUCAGAUUUGGAGGGUUUGGGAAUACCAAGACUUAUUGUUGGUCUGUGUCCAGAUAUGUGCCCUGAAUCUGAAAGAGGGGAGCGAGAAAGGAAAGGGGAUCUUGAUCAGUAUGAACGUUUGGAUGGGGAUAGAAAUCAAACAAACCGUUUGCUUGCAGUUAAAAAGUACACUAGGACAGCGGAGAGGGAAGCAUAUCUUAUACGUCCGAUGUCUGUCCUUCAAAAGACCAUUGAUUACCUACUUAGCUUACUGGAUCAGCCAUAUGAUGGCAACUUCCUUGGGAGGUACAACUUUCUGUGGGACAGGAUGAGAGCAAUCCGGAUGGACCUGAGAAUGCAGCACAUUUUCAAUUUGGAAGCUAUAAAUAUGUUGGAGCAAAUGAUAAGGCUUCAUGUAAUUGCCAUGCAUGAAUUGUGUGAAUAUACAAAAGGAGAAGGAUUUUCAGAGGGAUUCGAUGCACACCUUAAUAUUGAACAGAUGAACAAAACAUCUGUUGAACUAUUUCAAAUGUAUGAUGAUCACAGGAAGAAAGGUAUUAUUGUGCCGUCAGAAAAAGAAUUCCGUGGGUAUUAUGCUCUUCUCAAACUGGACAAGCAUCCUGGAUACAAAGUGGAACCUCCAGAGCUGUCACUAGAUCUGGCAAAGAUGACUCCCGAGAUAAGGCAAACCCCUGAAGUGCUUUUUGCUCGCAAUGUUGCAAGAGCUUGCAGAACAGGCAACUUCAUUGCUUUCUUUAGGCUUGCAAAGAAGGCAACUUAUCUUCAAGCAUGUUUAAUGCAUGCUCACUUUGCUAAGCUACGAACCCAUGCACUUGCUUCCUUAUGCUCGGGUCUACAAACCAACCAAGGAAUCCCUGUUUCUCAAGUUGCUAAGUGGCUUGCUAUGGAGGAAGAAGAUGUCGAAAACUUGUUAGCAUAUUAUGGGUUUUCGAUAAAGGAAUUCGAAGAGCCAUAUAUGGUGAAGGAUGGACCAUUUCUCAAUAGCGAUAAGGACUUUCCAACGAAGCGUUCCAGACUUGUUCAUCUAAAAAAGUCAACUACUAUCGUCAAAGAUAUUUCCCCAUCUUCUCAAGUCACACCAUUGCCUGCUGAAGCAACAAGAAAAAUCCGAGUUCCCAAUGUUGAUAAGAAGAAUCCAAGUCACACCUUUGCCGUGAAAGCUGCACCUGCUUUGGUUGAUAUGAAGAGACCCAUCAGUGCAAUAAAUGCUGAAAUGCCUGAUUCUCAGGCUGUUGUGCCAUCACCAAAGUUUGGCUUGCAAAAACAGCAUACCAUUGGUAGAUCUGAAGUUGAUGAAAUGGUUACAGAUAACAAUUAUCAUGCAGCAAGUGUCAAUAUUGCACCAUGGAACGUACUUCCAGCUUUUAGUUCUCCGAAUUCUCAGCCAGCCAAAGUUGGAGUACUGCAGCAAAGCAUGACUGAUUCUCCUUUUGCAAUCACUAAAUAUGAGGACAUGCAGCCACAACCUGUAGUUGGUGUGCCGUUGAAAGAGAGCUCCCCUAGUGGUGAAAAGGAUAUACCGAGGGAGCUUGUGAUCAAUCAUAGUGUGGUGGGCAAUUUAUUUCAAGAUGAAGAAACCCCUGAUGUCGAUCAAGAAUAUGAAGAUGAUGAGUUGAUAGAGAAUCAUGAAGAUGAAGAAGUAGCUCGAGCGAAGCUCAAGUUGUUCAUAAGGUUAUGGAAGCGGCGUGUUUCAAGACAUAAGGAAUUACGCCGUCAAAGACAGAUGGCUGCAAAUGCUGCAAUGAGCUCAUUAUCGCUCGGACCACCGAUUCGAAGGAUCCAAGAACAACCAAGCAAGAUUCUCGAUUUCGACAUUGACUAUGUCACGAUGGAAAGAUGCAGAAUUUACGAGCAUUCUUGGUCUCCAUUAAAUCCAUCAGAAGUCAUUGCAGAUGAAGCCAGCUCGAGAAAUCGAGACGCCAAAUGUCUCUAUUGGAAGCUCGUAGUAUGUUCUCAGUCACAAGAAGAUGACCAACAAGGGCCCAGCAAGCAUGCAGCAGCGGGCCCUUGGUUGUGUUCAAAGCUCAUCCCCAAUAGACCAAAAGAUACAAAUAACGAGGAAGAAUUGUUAACCUCAUCUCCAGGUCUUUCAAUAUGGAGAAAGUGGGUUUCUAACGACAUGUGCUGCUUGUCUGUCAUCAGAGAUUCCAGUUUUUGUACUCCAGAUGAGGCAGCAGCUGGUGCAACUGCUGUGGUUUUCGUCGUAUCAGAAACCAUCCCAAUGAACUCUCAGAGAAUCACACUCCAUAACCUUCUCUCGGCCUUACAUCCAAGUUCUUCACUGCCUCUACUGGUAUUCUGUGGAAAAUGGGAUAGAACGGUUUCAGACCCUUUGGCCACCAUAGCUCAUGAACUUGGACUUAAUACCAUCGACAAGUCUAGAGUAAGAAGUUUCUCUGUUGUGUUUCUCAUGGGAGAAGAUGCCAAUGGAUUUUUCAGUGACAGCAGAGUUAGGGAAGGACUAAGAUGGUUGGCUAGUGAAUCACCCCAACAACCAGAUCUUCAGUCCAUAAAACUGCAGGAGUUGGCUCUCGCACGGUUGAAGCCAUCUCUAGAUGCACUCCAAAAGAUGAGUGACCGUGAAGUUGGACCAAAUAGGUGUAUCUCAGCAUUCAAUGAAACUUUGGAUUGGUGUGUGGAGGAAAUUCUCGCUGCUGCUGAAGUUAACCCGACAGGUUGGCCUUGCCCUGAGUUGGUUUUGCUGGAGGAAAGCGAAACCAUGUUGAUCGAGUCGUAUCUGCCAAGCAUAGGGUGGAGUUCGGCAUUGAAAAUCGAACCGCUGAUUUCUGCUGUACGGAGUUGUAAGCUUCCUGGAUUUGCCGGUGAUGUAUCGUGGUUAGAUGAAGGCACGGCAAACAUGGGCGAUGAGCUUGAGAAGCUUAGUACUGAAAUCGAGAAUUGCUUGAUUAGAUACCUGACUGAAUCGAGCGGGAUGAUGGGGUUUUCAUUGGCGGCCAAGGAAGCACAUGUUGUGUUACAGAGAAGUGCUCGCCUGGAGUUUCGGGAGUGCUCAAGUUACCAUAUAGUUGUGAAUUGGGUGAAGGUCCUUCGAAGGGUUUUCAAUUGGCAGCUCAAUAAGUUAUCGUCCGAUGCCUAUGUAUUAAGGUCUCGCAUUGUGAAUUUGGAAUCACUGGUGCUUGAUGAGCAAGGAGUAGGAAUGGCAAAACUGGCCCGGCCCGACGGGUUUGGCCCGACCCAGCCCGUUUUGGGACAGGUCCUACCCGGCCCGUUCUAGAAUGGGGCGGGUCCGACCCGACCCGCCCACAGGUCAGGUCAGGCCUGGGUAUUACCCUCAACCCGCCCCGGACCUGGCCCGCCCCGCAUCUUCCCUAAUCCCUCCCUAUGCCACACCCGCAUGCUGCUGUGCUGAUCUUUGGAACCCACAGUAUUAAUUCACAUCUUGAAAAUAGCUCCGCCAUCGUCCCUUUCUCUCCCACCCAGACACCCACGCUAUCAUUCCCUGUGAAUCAAAUUAAUGGUGCUUACCUUCCCAAAAAGCCAUCUUCCUUCCCAAUUUCCAUCUCCUAGUCAAAACCCUAGGUUGCUGCAUAAUCUUCUCCAUAUGAAGAGUUUCAAUUUUCACAUAAAUAGGUCACCGACGAAGCAAUACUCCAAUUCUUAGUUAUCACCCAAUUUUCAAUCCGCUUUGCAUCUCUUCCUCACGCCAAAUCCUCAUCUUGCAAUUGGUGCACAGGUUGUAGCAAGCUACACAAUGGAAACCGGUGGAGCUAUAGGCAAAACAUAUCUGACCUUGGAAAGCCUGCACAAAUAGCAGUACUUGAGGUUCAGAUUGGGUGUGAAAGGAAACCAAUGACCAUGCUGAUAAUGGUAAUUGAGUUAUGCAGCAUGCAGCAUCAUGAUUUAGUGGUGGCAAUGGUGUUCAAGUUCUUUUGGAGUUUGGAAAUUGGAAGGCAGAGGAAUUGAAGUCUUAGAUAUUAAGUACUGAUCUUUUGGAAUUUUAUGGUUAUAUUUCAGUCAGUUUAACGAUUUGAAUUGAACUUCAGAGGAUUUUUGGAGAGCGGGUUUUUCUUUUUGGAACUCUGGAUUGUAGAAUUUAUUUUGUGGAAGGUUUUGGCAUUUGUGGGUCAAUAUAUCACUUGACUUAAUUCUAAUAUUAACUGGAAGCUUGGGGCAGGUCGGGGCAAACCCGCCCCGUACAGGGCAGGUCAUGGGCCAUAUAAUGAAGGCCCGUAGCAGGUCUUGGGGCGGGGCGGGUCAAAAUUCAAAAGAGCAGGGCGGGCCUGGGUAUUGCACUACCCGCCCUGUUCUGGACCCAUUGCCAUUCCUAGCAAGGAGGCAUUUUGUCACCUUAUGUAAGCCAGCCUUUGUUAGAUCAGAUCAUCCAUGUUGGUUGCUUUCCUCUGGUGCUACCGAGGGUUCAGACUAAGCUGGUCACUUCUAUACAAGUAUCGACAGAUGUGCCAGCAGCUGUAAACACGAUUCACCAGAUUAUAAGCAGCGAGCAACCUUCUUCACUGAUUGGGAGUCAUGGUGUUGCAGUAGAUGAGGAAAGGCGAGCUGAGGUUAAAGUUCCAUUUUCCAGCAAAGCCACCACGAAGGAGGCUGAUAAAUUAAGCAGAUUGUUGGAGCAUUGUAACAUUGUGCAGAACUCCAUAGAGGAGAAGCUUUCGAUUUACUUUUGAUGAAUUGGGGGAGUUUCUCUUCCAUGUAUACGAGCCAAUUCACUUUGGAUUGCUGAUGGAUUGUACACACUGUACCUUGUAUUCAUUGUAUCAUGUGAGGUAAAGAAGAAUUAUCAUAAAAGAAAACAGUUCAGUGUAG